AUGAAAGAUGACCGGCAACAGCUGUUCCAGGAAGAGGAUCUCCUCCCAAACAACCCUCAACCUAACCCUAAAGCUGCCCCCUUAUGUGCCGCGCUCCAGGUAGUUAACGACUGUGGUGCCCGGUUUCACUGCAGAGAGCCGCUACAUCUCAACGGGCCUAGCUGGGUGCCACAAGGCCGUGGGUCGCAGGACGUUGGCCUCAAGGAACGCUCCACGCUUAGCCGUUUUAAGGGGCAAAAGCUCCAUUCCACCAAGGAAGGAUUUCGGGAUGAAUUCCUGGCCGAACUCCUACUGACCCCCUGA